AUGUCAGAACGCAGUAAUGCCCGAAGGCAUAAGUGGUCCCGUACGCAGGCUCCAUGCGCGGAGUGGCGAAAACGCCUUCUGCAAAAUUGCGUUGCCCGAGUGAAGGCAGAGAGAGAAGAAACAGUAUCAUCGGCACGGGCGAGGCGGCUUGCGAUUCUCGCUGAAGAAGCCUCUCACCUGCGAAAUGCUGGUAACAGAGCACUAGAGUUGUCAUCUGACGAAAUCAACACCCUUGUCGCAGAUCUCGAAGAGGCAAUCACCAAAGAGCGUCGUGCUGCUGAAGAGGCUGCCAUCCGUGAGCACCGGCAGUCCCUGGCAGAGACAGACGCAGAUUUAAGGGAAUUAGUUGCAUUCCAUACCCGUUUUGAAGGAGUCUCAACUUCGUCAGCCGUGUUCUGUCCUCUGUGCACAAGAGAUGUUUUGCAGGUGAGGCACGGAGUACUGUUUUGCUCUUGCGGCUUGAGAUUAGACGGAGGGACGUACGAUAACUUGACACUUGACGUAGUCAGGGCUCGACUUGCUCAGGUACUUGACGAACACUCGAAGCGGAUCUGUUGUCAGAAGGGUGCCCCGAGCUUUUCAUGUCACGAGAGAUUCGGGUUUACUUUCAUGCAUGCGCGGUGUGAUUCAUGUCGGAUGGACAGCAUUGUACUCUAG